CGCAAUUGCCGAAAGGCUGUUCAUUAAGGGAAUGGCAGUUGAGGUGCAAAUAUUAUUAUAUAAGCUUAGAUCUUCAUAUUUUAUAACAAAAAUGUCAUGGAAACAUACACUUAUUAUUUAAAAAAAUAAUCGAAAUGGGAUUUAAUUACCUGAUGGUCCUUGUGUUGCUGUUUGCUCUUCUGAACCCAAUGGAGUGUUUGUCCAUAAGAAAAGAAGUAAGGACAUUGGGGAAGAGUAUCAAGAAUGCUGUCAAAAAAGUUGGGAUUGCAAUAAAGGAGGAUGUCAAGUGUCUAGUCCUAUAUCGCGUCGUCUGCCCCCAAUUCCACGGGCCGACUAAAACGGCUAUAGACGCUGGUGCUGGCGGGAAUGGUUCACUUGCAGUAGGCGCCAACGUCCUCGUUGGUGCAUACCCCUGUCGAGUUCAGCGGACGAAUUGCAAAAGAAGUGUUGAAAACGACAUGGCAGUGCUGGCGUUCUCAGACGACUUAAGUGACUACGAUAUGAACGGAAACAAACGUAUUGAAUAUGAGGAGUUUGUAUCUACCGUCAUGAGGUCAGUGGGGUUGGCUGAUCCACUAGAGCUGAGGGGACCGUUUAACUUCGCAGACUUGAAUCGGGAUGGAGAACUUAACAUAAAGGAGUUCAAUGGGGCGCCUUUCCUCUUUGCCCACGCAAACUCUCAUCAAUUUAUAAAAGACGAUUCGGUAGAAACUACCCAUCCUUUGGAAGUCAGCAUUGCUGCAUAAUUAUAAAUAUGUCUAUUAGAAUGUAUAUUUAUUCAUUGCCUUCAUGUCUUAUAAAAUUGAUAAAUUUUAUUAUGUCUCGAUAAAUGUAAGCAAAACAUGAUUAAGAAUCUUAUUUGAUUCAGUAGUAUUGUAUGCUUAAGCUUUAUUUUUCGAAACAAAAAAUGGUAUGUCAUUGUUAUCUCCAAAUAUUGUCCCAAGCAUCAAUAAUUAUUAUGCCAUGGAAACUACAAGGACAAGACCAGUAGCCAACACUUACUUAGCGAAGGUUGUACGAGAAUUUUCCUAUUGGAUAAUAUUAUUGUAGUGAAUUUUCUUCAUCAUAUAGUUGACCAAAACAAUACUGAAUACUUGGUAUUUUAUUUGUUAUUGUUUUCUUCAAUAAAUAUGAAACUGA